UGACAGGCUUCGGCGUGGACAGCUCAUGUGGAAGCUCUUCUAUGAGGACUCGGACUGAAGUAAAGUCCACUUCUGUGGCACGAACUUAUGGGAAUACCGGUGUCUUGUCUUUCUGAGAACUAAAGCGUGCGCCUUCCGACGUUUCGUGUUUUGUUUUUGGUGUUUUCCCUUUGAGACCAACCAUUACGUGGAAUUAAUGGAGAUUUUCCUAAACAAACCAUCUCAUGCUUUGAAGCGCGUCCCCGAUGAUCUGGUACGGGACACUGUCUCUGAUGGCGUGACUUCUGUUGCUUCCGCGAGCCCGUUUUAUCCUAGAGGACGGUACAAUCGUGCGCCUCAGUAGUGUCUACACUUGCGCGCGCUCCGUGUCCACAGGAUUUGUACCAUUUUUGUCGUAGUUGUUUAUUGUUUGUUGUGUAAGUUUUUUUUUUUGGAAAGUCCACAACUCUAUCAUCCUCCCAACAAACUGGAUCUAAGAUGAGAAGCCACCGCUUUGCUCUGGCGGGCUUAUGGUGGUGCUCUUAUUGCAUGUUCCUCGUGCAUGCUGGUAGCGCUCAUUUAUUCGACAGCAACAACGAGCUUCACCCGCACCGGCGGCUGCGCACGCACGAGAAGCGAGAGAUGCAGAAGGAGAUCCUCUCCAUCCUCGGGCUGCCGCACAGACCCAGACCUCACCCGCUCAACGGCAAGUACAACUCAGCGCCGCUUUUCAUGCUGGACCUGUACAACACCAUGAACACCGAGGAGAGGAACGAAGUGGACGGGAUCCUGGACCAGUACAAGUCCAUGUUCACCACGCAAGGACCUCCUUUAGCCACUUUUCAAGACAAUGCCUACUUGAAUGACGCCGACAUGGUGAUGAGCUUUGUCAAUCUGGUGGAGUUUGAGCGGGAGUUGUCUCCGCACAGAAGACACCAUAAAGAGUUCAAGUUCAACUUGUCUCAGAUCCCAGAGGGAGAGGCAGUUACAGCAGCAGAGUUCAGGAUCUACAAGGAAUGUGUGAGCAGCACUUUCCGCAACGAGACCUUCCUGCUCAGUGUCUUCCAGGUGGUGGGAGAACAUCCAGACAGAGAAGCAGAUCUGUUUCUGUUGGAGUCCCGCCAGCUGUGGGCAGCAGAGGAAGGCUGGCUGGAGUUUGACAUCACAGCCACCAGUAACCUGUGGGUAAUGAGCCCCCAUCACAACCUGGGUCUGCAGAUCAGUGUAGAGACCAGCAGUGGGCAGAACAUUAACCCCAGAGAAGCCGGGCUAGUGGGCCGGGAUGGAGCUCUGGAGCGGCAGCCAUUCAUGGUAGCCUUCUUCAAGGUGAGCGAGGUCCAUGUUCGCAUGGCACGCUCCCCAGAAAAAAGGCAGAAAAGCAGGCAGCAGAACCGCAGCCGCUCAAAUCAUCCACAGGAGGCACCCAGGGGCCCCGGACACACAGAUUACAACAGCAGUGAUCAGAAGACGGCAUGCAGAAAGCAUGAACUAUAUGUUAGCUUCAGAGAGCUGGGCUGGCAGGACUGGAUCAUUGCACCUGAAGGCUACGCUGCCAACUACUGUGAUGGCGAAUGCUCCUUUCCACUGAAUGCUCACAUGAACGCCACCAACCACGCUAUUGUACAGACACUGGUCCACCUGAUGAAUCCUGAGAACGUCCCGAAGCCUUGCUGUGCCCCCACCAAGCUGCACGCCAUCUCUGUGCUCUAUUUCGACGACAACUCCAACGUCAUCCUGAAGAAGUAUAAGAACAUGGUGGUGCGUGCCUGCGGCUGCCACUGACCUCCAGGACGUCACGCUAGCUUACCCCCUCUUUACCCCCUGCCCAGCGGCUGCAGCUCGGUGUGUGUGUGUGUGUGUGUGUGAGACAGAGGACGGAGAGAGAGUGUGUGUGUGUGUGUGUGUGUGUUAAAGAAAGGUUUGUAGUGUGAAAGUUCAAAUUCUAGUAUAGAUAUAUUGAGUGGAUGGGUGUUUGUGUAGGUAUGUGUGUGCGUAUGCAUUAUCCCUCUCUUCGACCUGGCUGUACUGGAUGUGGUAUUAUUAAGGACUGUGUGAGGAAUGUGCUGCUUUCCCCCCCUCUUUCCUGUUCACACACAGUCAGUUCUCGUGUACCGGUUCCUAAUCCUGCUAAGUCCGGAAAGUAUGUACAGCCACAUCUGAACACAGAGCCAGUGCCUUAACCAGUGAACUGUCACUGAAAACCUAUUAUCCAAGAUCCAUUCUAUAUUUUAUAAAGGUAUUUAUUCUGUAUUUGACUAACCAAAGCUUGAUUUUUUUAUUUUAACAUCUCAGACUGUCGAAACCUAAUCAUGCCCUGAUACAGCCACAUCAUAGCACAGAAAUGGAGAUCUAUUUUUAUUUUCCCAGUUUUUAUACAGUUGCUGUAUGCUGUACAGCCGUCCAAAAAUACAACAGCUGAACCUGGUUGAACUCUUUUAGGGGUCUUAAUAAAACAGCUUAUUUUUAUUCUCUCAAUAUUUGCUCUACACUACGCGUGGUUUGCCGUCGCACGCCAGAGAACGUGGUCACAGGCAUCAAAGCAACCAAAACAACAGAGGUAUUGUUCUUAAGAUCCGAGGACACAACCCUUCUAUUCUUUGCAAGCCUCAUUCACGAUACCACAAAUCUAUCAUUUUUCAUACAACACCUGUGUCUGGCCAACUUCUACAGAUUAAACAGUUUUUUGUACAAAGUUACAGCUCAUUUUACCCCAAACCAGGUUCUGGUUUUCCAACCUUGUCAUUUUACCAAUUGCCAUUUGUCCUUUUUAAAUAUACAUCACAAAUGGCAGGCAAAGGCUUUGUACCUUCAUUUUUGCAGUAUUUCACGUUUUGACACAAUUUGAUUAUAUUGCAAAAAUACUGGCACUGAAAUAUUUUAAGUAUUCAGAUCUGGAAAAAAAAUAAGAGAGCACUUCUUUGAUUUUACCAUCUUGAAGCAUAAGCCAUCAAACCAAGCUGAACUGCUUGAAUUUUUACACCAGGAGUGGCAUAAACUUAUCCAAAAGCAGUGUGUAAAACUGGUGGAGGAGAACAUGCCGAGAUGCAUGAAAACUGUGAUUAAAAAACAGGAUUAUUCCACCAAAUAUUGAUUUCUGAACUCUUAAAACUUUAUGAAUAUGAACUUGUUUUCUUUGCAGUAUUUGAGGUCUGAAAGCUCUACAUCUUUUUGUUAUUUCAGCCAUUUCUCAUUUUCUGCAAGUAAAUGCUCUAAAUGACAAUAUUUUUAUUUGGAAUUUGGGAGAAAUGUUGUUUGUAGUUUAUAAAAUAAAACAUCAAUGUUCAUUUUACUCAAAUAUAAACCUAAAAAUAGCAAAAUCAGAGAAACUGAUUCAGGAACUA